CGCCGGGCCUCCCAAGAUGGCGGUGUGCAUCGCGGUGAUCGCUAAAGAGAAUUACCCCCUCUACAUUCGCAGCAGCCCCACGGAGAACGAGCUGAAGUUCCACUACAUGGUGCACACAUCUCUGGACGUGGUGGAUGAGAAGAUCUCCGCAAUGGGCAAGGCCCUGGUCGACCAGAGGGAGCUGUACCUGGGCCUGCUUUACCCCACGGAGGACUACAAGGUAUACGGCUACGUCACCAACUCCAAGGUGAAGUUUGUCAUGGUGGUGGAUUCCUCCAACACAGCCCUUCGAGACAACGAAAUUCGCAGCAUGUUCCGGAAGCUACACAACUCCUACACGGACGUGAUGUGCAACCCCUUCUACAACCCGGGGGACCGCAUCCAGUCCAGGUGGGCCCUACUUCCUGUGUCCGCAUCCAGUCCAGCAGGGCCUUUGAUAACAUGGUGACGUCCAUGAUGAUACAGGUGUGCUGAAUGAGCUGUGCCGCCAGCCAUCGCUGAGGAUCCCACGCGUGACCGUGGCGGCCAUUGGUCCGUUCUCAUCGCCUCUUCCUGAUUGGGACACCUGGGACUUUCAGGGCAGGCAGCUGUGCAUGUUGUCUCAACUAAAGGUCUUGUGAGAUGA